GGUUAUUACUGUCCUGCCGGCACACGCUUAUCCAAUGAGUAUCCCCGUCCCAGUGAAACAUUUGGCAAUGAAACAGGGCUCCAGAAUGAGGCAAAUUGUACAGAGUGUCCCCAUGGCUAUUACUGUGAUCAGACUGCCCAGACCGCAUACAUGUAUUCAAAGAUCUUCAAUGCAGGGCUAUUACUGUGGCAACCAACUGCCAAGUGGGGAAUGUGACGCAGGGUAUAACUGCCCCAGUGGCAUUACAACCCCUGACUUCAUCAUCUGCCCAGAGGGUCAAUACUGCACUGAAAGCACAGUAAACCAAAUCCAGUGCCCAAUUGGGACAUACAGCAAUGUAACUGGACUGAAGAAUGAUACAAAAUGUUUCCCAUGUCCUGGAAACUUUGAGACUGAGGGUUUUUUAAAACCAAGGUGUGAUCCUGGAUACUAUUGUCCAAUAGGCUCAAUUACACCCAGGAUAUGAAGUGCUACCUCUGCCCCCCAACACCUUCAGGUGAUUUUGCUGCAGGCAAUUUGUGUAAUUCUGGAGUCGAUUGGGAGUUUCCACAUGGCAUCAAUCAGUCAGUUCCUUUAAACAACAGUUACAUGAGUUAUUUAUCUCUAAGUGACUAGGAGUUCCUUGUCUGGGUGAUUUGCUCAUUGGUUCAACUUGUCUUUGGAUGGCUAGGGUUUGGAAGACUCCACCCUAUUGGUUUUCAACAUUCAACAGAUGCUUUGUUUUACUGUAGGUUACUACUGCCCUAGUGGUGAUGUGAACUACGCUAACUAUGAUCGUCUCAGCGGACACUACUGUCCAGAUGGCACUGAGGCAUGGAACCAGUACCCAUGUGUAGCUGGGAAAUACAACAUAUCUCAUCGUACUAAAGUUGAAGACUUCUUAGAUUGUCCAGGUGGACAGUACUGUGAAUAAACAGGCCUGACAACUUCAACU